AUGAGAGGGGUCCUGGUAAUCUGUUUAACAUUAACAACUGCUUUAGCGGCUGAAAAUGGAAGGAACAACUCUACCCAGUUAAUUUCCACUAAGCCUCGAUAUUUAACUAUAUACGAUAUCGUCGGACGCUUCAAUCCUGGUCGCUAUGAACCUGGAAGUUAUAAUCCAGGGCGUUAUGAUCCUGGUCGUUACAAUCCAGGCCGCUACGACAAUUCUGGGCGUUACAUCCCCGACAACUCUGGCGCCUACAAUGGUGACCGUGGUGAUCGGGGCGUUGCUGGAGGCUUCUACACUGGUUCAGGCACUGCGGGUGGUCCAGGAGGCGCUUACUCUGGUUACGGAACUAAAGGUGGCCCUGGAGGAGCAUACUCUGGUUCAGGUAGUGCAGGUGGUCCAGGAGGCGCAUACGUGCAACAGAAUGAUGCAAGCAAGAACACAAUUGACCAGAGCGGUGGUGCAGGUGAUGACCGUGGUGAUCGCGGCGAUGCUGGAGGCUUCUACACUAGUUCAGGCACUACAGGUAGUCCCGGAGGAGCUUAUUCCGGUUCCGGAACUAUAAUAGCUGGUCCUGGAGGAGCAAACUCUGGUUUAGAUAGUGCAGGUGGUCCAGGAGACGCAUCCGUGCAACAGGAUGAUGCAAGCAAGAACACAACCGACAAGAGCGGUGGUGAUAGUGAUGAACGAGGUGACAGCGGCGAUGCUGGAGGCUUCUACACUAGUUCAGGCACUACAGGUAGUCCCGGAGGAGCUUAUUACGGUUCAGGAACUAUAGCUGGUCCUGGAGGAGCAAACUCUGGUUCAGAUAGUGUAGGUGGUCCAGGAGACGCAUCCGUGCAACAGGAUGAUGCAAGCAAGAACACAACCGACAAGAGCGGUGAUGAUAGGAAAAAUCGUGGUACCGGCGAUGAUACAAACACAGAACAGCCGGCUGAUGAUAUCUCAUCAACUUUAGGAUUAAAUGAUGUCACUGAGAAUUCAGUGUCAAUAAGCAUAGAACCAAAUUCAUCACCCAGAGAAGUUUCUACUUCGACAUCGACGGAAGCUAUAUCAUCUAGUACUACCAACGCUCCUUUAUCAAGCCCAUCUCAAAAUGCCUUUCCAACUUCUUAUGCUACCUUUAAACCAAUUCAAUUGACAACUAGCCAACCACCCAUCAGAGUUAUCAGCAAGAAUGACGGUGGUAAUUACAAAUAUCGAUAUGGAAUUAUCCGUCUUGAAAACGAUUAUUUACCACCUAAUGGCUAUCAUUACUUGUAUGAAACUGAAAACAAGAUUCUUGCCGAGGAAAGUGGUAAGGUAGAUUUAAUCAACAGUGAAACUGGUACCAAGGCAAGGGGAUUCUACGAAUUUGUCGGUCCAAAUGGGGUCAAAUACAGAGUGGACUAUACUGCUGAUGAACGUGGUUUUCUACCUGUUGGAAGCCAUCAGCCUUAA